CUUGCUCUCCACAAAAGUCGGAGCUCCUCCUCCUCAAACCUGUUCGGUCCCGCCAGCUGCCGUCGGACAUCGCGCUCUACUCGCAAGGACUGCGUAUCCCGUCGGUGAAGAGCAUUCGCAUCCUGGGUCUGCGGGUCCAGGCGGAUGGCAACAACUACGAGAUGAUCGAAUCGCUCAAGGCGUCAACUUACCAGAUCACCCGGCUUAUUUCACGCAUCUCAGGCCGUCACUUCGGAAUGAGGGAAGGAAAUCUUGUACGCCUCGUCCGCGCUUUCGUCGUGAGCCGGCUGGCAUACGUCCUUCCCUUCCUACGGCUCGGGGUGGCGGAGAAAGCCAAACUAGACUGCUUGAUUAGGAAGGCCUACAAGCGAGCACUUGGCAUCCCGGAUUCUACGUCAAACGAAAAGCUGGCGGCGCUGGGCCUACAUAACACCGUGGAAGAGAUCGUCGAGGCGCAACGGACGUCUCAGCUCGAACGGCUAACAAAGAGCGCGACCGGGCGUCACAUUCUCGAAAACCUGGGCAUCCGCUACGAAAGACAAACGGGCGAGAAAAUAGACGUGCCGAGACGGGUCCGGGAGAAGCUUACCAUCCCAAACCUGCCACGUCACAUGCACCCCGUGCACCAUGUGGAGCGACGAACGGCGAGAGCCAAGGCCCUUCGAAGACUAGAGAAGGAAGAGGGCGUCUACUACACGGACGCUGCGAGGUACGACAGGGAUGCCAUGGCCGCAGCCGUGGUUGACAAGCAAGGGAAGAUCGUUGCGAGCUGCAGUGUCCGGACGACAGAACCGGAGGUAGCCGAGGAAGUGGCCAUCGCUCUGGCACUCAAGCUGCAAGACGCUAAAAUCAUUGUCAGCGAUUCACAGAUGGCGAUUCGCCAAUACGCCAAGGGACGGAUCUCGCCGGUUACGCUUCGAGUACUAGGUGAUCCUGAAAAGACUGCGAAGGUGAAGCUGAUCUGGACUCCAGCACACUCGUCGCUCCCCGGCAACGAGGAGGCUCACGACGCGGCCCGAGGUCUCACUCGCCGGGCCGGAGCAACGUCGGACCCCUCCAUCGAAUCGUCGACGGGGGGCGACAGACUGGUUACGUUCCGAGACAUCCUCGAUCAUUACGCCGGCGAAAGGAUGCGCUACCCUCCGGCGCAUCCCUCGCUGGACAAAAGACAAGCGGUAGCUUGGCGGCGACUACAGACAGGCACCUACCAUAGUCCUGCCCAGCUCAGCGGAUGGUAUCCGGAUCGCUACAAGGGAGACUGCCAGCUAUGUGGUGCAAGAGCGACUCUUCGCCACAUUAUUUGGGAAUGCAGCCGGCUCGACCGCAAAGCCCAGCCACUACUAAAAAAGAUCACCAACCAAGAGAGCUGGGAAGCUCUUCUUCUCUGCACCGACCUUGAGGUGCAGGAACAAGUCGUCCGACUGGCCGAGGACGCCGCUGGAGUCCAAGGGUUGCCUGCUGCUGCUGCUACUGCUAAAGAUAUGAUAUAUGAAGACCGUUCACAACUUUAA